UACCACACUGUUAUUCGCACUGAUAGUAUUUCACCUGCUGGAUACACGCUGCCAUGCAUCUGAGCGCCUUUCUGCUGCUUCUCCUCAUCGCCAGGAUCUGCGCUGAAAGUCUGGAGGGGCCAACAGCUGGCUGCACAUUUGAGGAAGACUCUGACCCCAGUCUCUGUGAAUACAGACAGGCACAGGAGGACGAUUUUGAUUGGCAGCUUGUACGGACCUACAGCUGGCCGCACAUGACCUCUGACCUUACACGGGGUUCCUACAUGUUGGUGAACUCUUCACAGUAUGGUGCUGGGCAGCGUGCUCAACUCAUGUUGCGUCCACUGAGUGAGAAUGAUACACACUGUGUGCAGUUCAAUUAUUUCCUGUACAGCCGGGACGGGCAUAGUCCCGGGGCUCUGAGCGUGUACGUGCGUGUGAACGGCGGCUCGCGGGGAAAUAUUGUGUGGAAUGUGUCCGGCUCUCAGGGGCGGCAGUGGCACCAGGUGGAGUUUGCCGUCAGCACCUUCUGGCCUAGCGAGUACCAGGUGGUUUUUGAAGCCACAGUCUCAUCUGAGCAGAAGGGAUACAUCGGCCUGGACGAUAUAGUGCUGUUAAACUACCCCUGCUAUAAAGUGCCCCAUUUCUCCAGACUGGGUGAUGUGGAGGUGAACGCAGGGCAGAACGCCACAUUCCAGUGUGUGGCCACUGGACGCUCAGCUAAGACCGACCCCUUCAUGAUGGAGAGGCGUAAUGGUGUUUUGAUGUCACCAUAUUCAGUUACAUCAUCAGUUGGUGAACGUCGAUUGGUUGCAUGGUAUCAGGUGGGUGGAGCCCAGCGUGCAGAGCAGGACAUGUACCGAUGCAUCACACAGUCCACAUAUGGAGCCGCAGUGUCAAACUUUGCUGAACUCAUCGUCAGAGUUCCGCCCACACCGAUAGCCCCGCCCCAACUACUGCGUUCUGGACCCACCUACCUGAUCAUCCAGCUCAACACUAACUCUAUAGUGGGUGAUGGGCCAGUGAUCCGCAGAGAGAUCGUGUACCGGGCCAGUCAUUCGCCUUGGUCUGAAACUCAUGGAGUCAGCUCACUAACAUAUAAAGUCUGGCACCUGGAACCAGACACAGAAUAUCGCAUCAGUGUUCUCCUCACCCGACCCGGAGAGGGGGGAACCGGCCCGCCUGGACCCCCGCUGGUCAGCAGAACCAAGUGUGCAGAGCCGAUGCGUCCUCUGCGAGGUCUAACGGCUACAGAGAUUCAGUCUCGUCAGCUGCUGCUGCAGUGGGAGCCAGUGGGCUACAAUCUGACACGCUGUCACACGUACUCGCUGUUGCUGUGUUACCGCUACACCACCGCGGCGGGGGGUGGAGCCGGUGGAAAUAACGCCACGGUGAGGGAGUGUCUGUCGGUGGAGAGGAACACUUCCCGCUUCACACUGCGGGAUCUGCCCCCAUUCCACGUGAUACACGUGAGGCUGGCACUGACCAAUCCCGAGGGCAAGAAAGAGAGCCGAGAAGUGACAUUCCAGACUGAGGAAGACAUACCAGGAGGCAUUGCGCCUGAGUCUUUAACCUUCACCCCGCUGGACGAUAUGAUCUUUCUGAAGUGGGAGGAGCCUCUGGAGCCCAAUGGUCUCAUUACACAGUAUGAGAUCAGCUAUCAGAGCAUUGAGUCAUCAGACCCUGGCAUCAAUGUUCCUGGUCCACGCCGCACUAUCUCCAAACUGAAGAACGAGACAUAUCACAUGUUCUCUGGCCUUCACCCCGGAACCACAUACCUGGUGUCUGUUCGCGCCCGCACCGCCAAGGGCUUCGGCCAGACCGCCCUCACCGAAAUCACCACCAAUAUCUCAGCGCCGGCGUUUGAUUAUGAAGACGUCCCCUCUCCUUUGAGUGAAUCAGAGAGCACCAUCACUGUACUGCUGCGUCCAGCCCUGGGGAGAGGAGCGCCUGUUAGCAUGUAUCAUGUGGUUGUGGUGGAGGAGGAUGGCUCCAGACAGGUGAGGAGGAGGGAAUUGGGUCACAUGGAGUGUUUCCCUGCUCCGUCCUCUCAUGCGGAUGCCCAAGGAGGAGGUGGAGGAGCGAGUGGUGCACCUUCUCAUUACUACACUGCUGAACUCCCACCCAGCAGCUUACCUGAGGCCACUCCCUUCACUGUCGGUGACAACCACACUUACAACGGCUACUGGAACACUCCUCUGGACCCCAGCAAGAGCUACCUCAUCUACUUCCAGGCCUCCAGUAACUUCAGAGGGGAGACCCGGAUCAACUGCAUUCGGAUCGCUCGUAAAGUGGCCUGCAGGGACCAUAAGCAUGCUCUGGAGGUUUCUCAGCAUGUGGAGGACAUGGGGCUGAUCCUGGGGGCUUGUGCGGGGGGACUGGUGGUUCUCAUCCUGCUGCUGGGAGCCAUCGUGAUUGUCGUCAAGAAGGGAAGAGACAUCUAUUCGUACCCUUACUACCCCAGGAAAAAGGUAAACAUAAACAAGGCGGUCAUGACAUAUCGUCAGGACAAGACUCAUAAGCUGGGUUCAUUGGACUGCAACACGACCGAGCACAGUACACUGCAACAGGACGAACGCACUGCACACACCUUCAUGGAGUCACACAACUGCACUGCUAGGAAUGAGCAGCGCAGCACAGUAAACGAGUCCAGCAGCCUGUUGGGUGGUUCUCCCCGAAAAAUUUGCAGGAGGAAGAGUUCUCCGUAUCACACUGGACAGCUCCACCCGGCUGUGAGAGUGGCUGACUUGCUCCAGCACAUUAACCAGAUGAAGACUGGAGAAGCAUACGGCUUCAAACAGGAGUAUGAGAGCUUUUUUGACAGCUGGGACAUAAAUGAAAAGAAGGACAAGACCAAGGGCAGACACGACACACUCCUGGGUCAGGACCGCCACCGUGUGAAAAUGCAUUCCCUCCUGGCUGAUCCAAACUCAGACUAUGUCAACGCCAACUACAUUGAUAUUCGGAUAAACAGGGAAGGGUACCAGCGCUCCAACCAUUUCAUCGCCACACAAGGGCCCAAGCAGGACAUGAUCUAUGACUUCUGGCGAAUGGUUUGGCAGGAGAACUGUUACAGCAUCGUGAUGAUCACCAAACUGGUGGAGGUGGGGAGAAUGAAGUGUUGUAAAUACUGGCCUGAUGACAGCGAGCUGUAUGGAGACAUUAAAAUCACUCUAUUGAAAACAGAAACUCUGGCAGAAUACACUGUACGCACCUUUGCCAUGGAGCGGCGAGGUUACCCAGCCAAACAUGAGGUUUGCCAGUUCCACUUUACAUCCUGGCCAGAGCAUGGCGUCCCGUUUCAUGCCACAGGACUGCUGACCUUCCUUCGGCGGGUCAAAGCCUCCACUCCGCCUGACACUGGGCCAGUGGUCGUCCACUGCAGUAUGGGUGCUGGCCGCACCGGAUGUUACAUAGUGCUGGACGUGAUGUUGGACAUGGCAGAAUGUGAGGGUGUGGUGGACAUCUAUAACUGCGUCAAGACGCUCUGCUCACGGCGCAUCAACAUGAUCCAGACUGAGGAGCAGUAUAUAUUCAUCCAUGAUGCCAUACUAGAGGCCUGCCUGUGUGGAGAGACCGCUAUCCCCAUCAGUGAGUUUGCAAUCACAUAUAAGGACAUGUUAAGUGUGGACUCACAGACCAACACCUCUCAACUCCGAGAAGAGUUUCAGACGUUAAACUCCGUCACCCCUCACCUGGACGUGGAGGAGUGCAGUGUCUCUCUGCUGCCGCGGAACCGUGAGAAGAACCGGAGCAUGGAUGUUCUGCCACCUGACCGUGCCCUCGCGUUUCUGGUGUCCACAGAGGGAGACGGCAGCAACUAUAUAAACGCAGCCCUGAUGGACAGCUUUCUGCAGCCGGCUGCAUUUGUGGUGACCCCUCACCCUCUGCCCACCACCACCGCAGACUUCUGGAGACUCGUGUUCGACUACGGUUGCACCUCCAUCGUCAUGCUUAAUCAACUCAACCAGUCCAAUUCAGCCUGGCCUUGUUUACAGUACUGGCCUGAAACCGGUAUGCAGCAGUAUGGACCAAUGACAGUUGAGCUGCUUUCAAGGUCUACAGAUGAGAAUGUCAUCACCCGUCUAUUCAGGGUGAACAAUAUAACACGGGACCCUAGAGAGAGCCACCCAUGCAGGAGCGAUGAAUCUCACUUUCCCAAAAAGUUGCAGGAAGGUCAUCUGGUGGUGCGACAUUUCCAGUUCCUGCGCUGGUCAGCUUAUCGUGAAAUUCCAGACUCCAAGCAAGCCUUCUUAAACCUUUUAGCACAAGUGCAGAAGUGGCAGAAGGAGUGUGGUGACGGUCGCACUAUAGUGCACUGCCUGAAUGGUGGUGGACGUAGUGGCACUUUUUGCGCUUGCACCAUGAUAAUGGAGAUGGUGCAUCAUCACAACAUGGUUGACGUGUUUUACGCUGUGAAGACUCUACGGAACUCCAAGCCCAACAUGGUGGAGUCUAUGGAGCAGUACCGGUUCUGCUACGAGCUGGCUCUGGAGUACCUGGACUGCUUGGAGGUCAGAUAACACCAGAGCUCAUGACUUGAUCAACACUGGCUCCAUUUUCUCCAUCUCGCCUCCUCUUUUUCCUGUCACAUAGGCCAAUCUUGGCCAGUUUUAAUGAGCCUGUCUUUUGUCCAAUGAGAAUGCACAUCUUAGUCAAGAGCGGGACUGCAAGACUUGGCACAUUUCUUUAAGCUUCAGUGUAUAUCGUCCUAUGUGCACUUUUCGUUUUGAUGUUUUCUCCUCAGCUGGUUCCUCUUGCCAGAUAUUCCUGCCAAACAUUUGAGGGCAUUGAUGAGAUUUAAUGACGUUAAGAUGACAACAUACAUCUUUGGUCAUGAGACUGGCACAGAGCUCUGCCUCUCUCUGCCACAAAGGAGGAAAACACGUUGCAACCUAACAAAACCAUGCGACGGCAACAGUGAUAAAAUGGGUGAUAUUAUGUUUGUACAUUACGUGGUUUGUUAUACUCUGUACAUGGUGUGAUCUACUGUGAUGAUGCACCUGAUUUUACUAGGAAGGACUUGAAUGUGAGAAUGUGAUGGUUGAUGGAGAUUUUGUUUUCAUUUUAUACUUAAAGGUGAUGUGUGAAAUUUUUUCAGUGUUUAUAUAUUUAGCGUUUCCAAGAUAAAUAUGCAUUGACAACCAUAAGGAAGCCAUUCCUUGGUUGAUUUUCUGAAGAGCCUCACUGUGGCUCAGUGGCUUUCUAAACAUUGCUCUGUCGGCCCAUCCAUCCCAACACAGCAACAUUGAUUCAACCAAUGGUGUGAGUUUGGGGCAGGACUAUCUGUUUGUUCAAACUAAUGACAGACAGAGGAAGUGUUAGGGACACCUGUUUGAAAAUUGGACUGACCAAACUUUGCAAAGUGAAUAAAGACUUCUACAACAGCAUUUUAGACAAACCCUCUUUUUUGCAUACAUUAAUAAAUCACUUUAAUUAUCAAAGGAACAAAUAGCUUGCAUUUUUUUUUUUUUUUUUUUUUUUUUGAAUAAUCCAUUCAAAAUUCAGUUGCUUACUGAAUGACUGAAAGCAGUUUUUUUUUUGUCUGUUCCUUUUUGGUGAUUCUAGUGUUGCAAAAAUUACAUGCUUCACCUUUAUGAAAUGUUAAGUAUUUUGAUGGUAAAAACAGAAAUGAAGAAGGUUUUAGGGUUUAUUUCUUGUUUUUGUGUGUAUAUAUAUAAUUUAUAUUUUGCAAAACAAAAAAAAAUUCUAGAUGUUGUCUUUUAUGUGCCAACUCAUUUUUGAAUGUGUGUGUGUAAGUUUGCAUGUAUGCGUGCGUGUGUGUGCAUAAGAAGUGGAUCAUUCAUGGAUCUGCAUGCCUGUUACACUUUUCAUUGCAAUCCAUUGUGACCCGUCUGCUUUGGGUUUCUAAUGCCAGGCACUCGCUCUGAUUGGGCGCACAUUAAAAUAGCGAAAAAUUACGCAAAUAUAUGAAAAAAAUGAAAAAGCUACUAUGGGAAUAAUGUGAGGCACUCACAAAAAAAAAUAAAAUAAAAAAAAUAGCUUUUUAUCUUUGUAUUUAUUCAUUGUGUUUUAUUUUGUAAUAAAAAAAUUAAUUAAAAAAAUGUAACAUGAAAGA